UUCUCUUAAAGAAGGUGGUUACCAUAUAGAGGAGUGGCUGGACGUGGUGCAUGUCUCAAAGCUUCCUUUGCCUAUUUAUGUAAGAAUGUAGCUCAUCUGGUAGACAGUAAACCGGUAAGGCCAGCAGAAAAGUGAAAGAUGAUUAAGGACGUGUUAACGUGUUUUUGAGGGGCUAAUAUGUCAGUCAGCUUUUCAAGACCUCCGUGGAAGAAUCACUUCUGAGAUAUCGGCACUUUAUUUUUAUUCUUGAACCAGCUUUCUCCAAGAAACAUGGCUGUUUGGGUUAUCUUACCAAUUGUUCUGUGUGCCGUCUCAUUCAUCGGGUGUUGGACAGUAUACGGCCUUGCAUUAAGUUUCAACCAUGUCUGCUCACUUAAUAACUGGGAAUACAGAAAUUCAUGUCAACCAAAUGAAACAGGUGUUUGCUGCACCCUGGAUAAUGUUCCCACCAUAAGCACAAGUGGAACAAACUUUCCAGAAAACUCACUUUUCACAGCGACAAUCAAUGCUGGUUCAUUUUUGUUUAUGAUUUUCUGCAUUUUCCAUCAUGCACACAUCCUGGACAGGAACAGUGUUCAUUCUCUCCUCAGUAAGAUUGCAGUGAUUUUAGGCUGUGUGGUGUCUGUGGGUGCUUUCAUGGCAGGGAACUGCAAUCCAGCAGAGCUGGAGUUGCUCCAUUACCUGGGUGCUGCUGUGAGCUUUGUGUUUGUGUGUCUGUACAUGACCAUCCUGACCUCCCUCACUAGUAAAUGUAUGCUGACUGGAUGUGAACGGGUUCUCUACCCUCUACGCAUCAUCUCCUCAUUUAUCCAGAUCACUGCCACCAUCCUCUACGGCAUCUUCUUCAUCCAGGAGGAUUACUUCUUCAAGCACAUCUCCGCUGUCUUUGAAUGGUUUCUGUGUGUCAAUCUGGAGCUCUAUGAACUCAGCUACUCUGUGGAGUUCUACUUUUUCUCCUCGUCAAUGCUUUCAGUGCUUUUAGCCAAGAAAGAAGAAGAGAAACCUCUCAUUUUGUCUUAAUGUUAAAUUAAAUCCUUCAGAACUCAUUUAUUUUUUUCUGUUAUGGAUCUUAUAAACAAUUUUAAAUAUAGCCUCAUUCAAGCAGCAGCUCUACUCAGGGGACGUUCGAAGACUUGUAAAGGGUUUGUACAUACUUUUGAAGUUGUAAUAUAAUGUACAUACUCUUUUGAGAUAGCAAACACUGGAUUUAUAUUAGAGCAGGAUCAUCUGAUUUUUUUUUUAACUCGGAGUGGAGCAACAGGCACUUUGACAGGUUUCUUUCUAACCAUCUUUAGGAAUACUGUAGGGAAAUACCUUACAAAUGCAAUAUUUGAACUCGUACCCAGAUUUCCUUUUGGCACCAGUAACUUGUCCGGUGCAUCAUUGUUCAGUGUUUACCUCACACUUUUAAUCUAAUCACUCAAUCCCUUGAUAAUGUGGAAAUCAACUGCUUGCAGGAAAUGUGUAAUUGUCUGAAAUGAAAGUGUCAUAAGGUCUAUGUAUAAAAAGAUAAGAAUAAUCCAUUCAUAGUCACAGGUUUAUCUCAAAUUAAAUUAUUUCCAUUAUC